CUGACCUCGGGGAAAGGAGCUCGGCGUCGGCAUUUCUUCUUCAGCAUGUUUCAGGAGCUCUUCAAUAGUUCUUUAGCCACCUGCACAGUAUUCCAUCAUACCUGAUACGCUGACUUAAUCACGACAGGAAGCAACGUCAUCAUCAGACUGUCCCUCUUCCAUUUACCAAAAGAUAGAUUAAACGCCGCAGUGGAGGUCCUCCAGAGAACGAAGAGUGUCGCCAAUGAUCGAGUGACCGAACCAUCGACAGCAAGAUGUAUAAAUACCCACGAACGCCUCACAUCUUCUACUCACUCCCAACACAACCUCUACAGCUUCUAUAGAAAUCUCCAGUCAAAAGCUCAACAAGCAUGACCACUCUUCCUCCUCCCCGACAAAUCAUCGUAGCUCAUGGUGCCAACGGCGAGCCUCACAUUAUUGACGAAAAGAUCCAUUAUCCAGCCGAUUCCCCUUUCCAGGCAGCUGUCGGUUUCCUCCAACCAGAGCUCGUGGGGAAGCCGGACAAAGCUAUCGAAUGGGCUAGUAUCAAGCCUACGAAGGUCUCCAACGAUGACGCUAUUUCCUUGCGAUGGCUCGAUUUUCCUCCAGGCUUUAAAAGCGACGUUCACUUCACUCAAACCAUUGAUUAUCUCAUCGUCGUCCAUGGUGAACUUGAAAUGAUCCUUCACGACGGUUCUUCGAAGACUGUCCGAGCAGGCGAUGCCAUUGUACAGAUCGGCAAUAUUCAUGGUUGGAACAACAACACCACCGACUGGGCUAGGUUCGCUAUUGUUGUCGUCCCCUCUGAGCCUGUCAAGGUCAACGGUCGUGGCUUGGAAGAACCUCCCUUCAACGCUUAUCACGCCCAGUUCUAACUUUUGAGGAGAUCCAUUAGCCCACCGUAUAUAUAUGUAACUGCU